AUGAAUAAUUAAAAUAUUUUAUGCAAUUAUCCCUAUGAAAAAUACCGGAAGAACUCAAAUCUCCGGCCAACCAUUCACGCUACAACCUUCCAUUCAAUGUCAUCUACAUCCUCAUCAUUUCCACCCUUACCUGCUGAACAAACAAACGUUGCUUCUCCCCCAAUAACUAUAGUUCUAACCGUUAUUCUUCUUGUGUUCUUCUUUCUAGGUUUUUUCUCUAUAUACUUUUGUCGAUGUUUUAUGGAGAGUGUGGUUAAUAAUUGGCAUCUACGUCGUAGCCCUUCUGGGAAUAAUGUAAAUCCAAGUUCUUCACCUGCAAAUAAUGGCCUUGAUCCUUCAUUAAUACAAAUUUUUCCUACAUUUACUUAUUCAAGUGUUAAAGAUUUUCGACGAGAAAAAUAUGGGCUUGAAUGUGCUGUUUGCUUAGCGGAGUUUGAGGACAACGAUAUGCUUCGUCUUCUAACAGUUUGUUAUCAUGUAUUUCACCAAGAAUGUAUUGAUCUUUGGCUUGAGUCUCAUAAAACAUGUCCAGUUUGUCGUGGUGAUCUUGAUUUGCCUAGAGAAACAUUAGAGAAGACACCAAUUCUUGAGCAAAAUAAUGAUCAUCAUCAAACUAAUAAUAAUAGUUUGGUAGAGAAUUCCAUAAGUAUUGACAUUGCAGAAGAUGAUGAUGGUGAUGAAGAAGGUAGAUCUAGAGGAGGAAAUGGAAAAGGAAUUAUGAUAAAUGAUGAUGAAAAUAAGCAAAAUCAAUGUCAUGAAAAGAUAGAGAGAUUUUCAAGGUCACACUCCACUGGGCAUUCAAUUGUUGUGGCAAGAGAAGAAGAGGAUAAAUACACUUUGAGAUUAAUUGAUAAUGUACAAGUAAAAAUUUUGAGAGGACAUAAUACCUCAGAAAGUUGCAUUGCAUUGGGUGACUUCUCAAGUCCUAGAAAUGGUUAA